AUGGCCAUCGCCCGGUGCCGCCUCGCCGGCCCCCGCCCUCGUCCUCGCGCCCCCGUCCCCUCUCCCUCGACGUCUCCCCUCGCCGCGCAGACCGCGACCGCGCCCUCGACGCCCGACGCCGCCCCGCCGCUCGAAGCCGGAGCCACCACGCCGGCCCGGCUCCGACGCCGUCGCCCUGGACAUCCCCGCCGGACUGCGUCGUCCUCACCCCCGCCGCGCCGGACUGCCCCAUCCUCGCCUCUCCCUCGUCGGUCCUCCCUGCACCUCGCCGCCCCUCGUCUCUGCAACGCCGGUUUGAAAAUGAUUGACCUGAAUGAGUUGCCCGAUGAUACAAACUGUGGAGUUCCUAUGACAGAUGUCAUGGGAGUUCAAGACCCCGUGUACUGCACGCAACCUGGGGAAACUAUUCCACAAGAAGGUUUGGUAAUAGAUGAUGAUGAUGAAGCUUGGUCCCAGCCAAAAGAACCCAUUAUAGGCAUGAGGUUUGAUACUCUAGAGUGUGCCCAAGCACACUACAAUGCAUAUGCUCUCCGUCUUGGGGUUUCAAUCAAAAUGAACACCUCGAGGAAAUCUAAUCUUACUGGCCAGCUGGAAAAGCAACAGUUUGUUUGCAACAAGUUUAGGAAACCAAAAGUGGAUGAUGGUGGUGCAGAAGUUGCCCCUACCCUAGAUGAGAUUCCAGAUUUUUGUGAACAUGCAGAUGACGAUGAUGCACAUGAUGAUAUAGUCUUCAUUGAUGAUCAGUGUCGUAUGAUGCAAAUUAUGUCUGAAUUUUAUGGGACAGAACUAAUUGUUCCUUAUACAACUAAAGCAAUAUCAAAUCUUAAAUCGAGCUUGAACAAGGAAGCUACUAGUGAAGGAGAUAUGAUAGAGACAGUAGCCUACUUCAAGGAGCAAGAGAAAAUAGAUCCUGAUUUUUUCUACAAGGUCAAGUAUGAUGAGGAGGACAGGGUUAUGAACAUUUUCUGGGUUGAUGGACUAGCACGCAAGGCGUACGCUGAGGCUUAUCAUGAUUGCAUUUCCUUCUACACGACAUACAUGACAAACAUGUACAACAUGCCUUUUGCACCAUUCAUUGGUAUCAACUGGCACGGGCAGUCAUUCAUGUUGGGGUGUGGAUUUGUCAGGCAAGAAUUGGAGACGCGCUUUGAUUGGUUGUUUGGGAGUUUCCUUGAAGCAAUGCAUGGACUGGCCCCUAACAACAUCAUAACUGACCAGGACAUUGCGAUGGCUGAAUCUAUUAAGAACAUCUUUCCUACAAGUGUGCAUCGGCGUUGUCGUUGGCACAUCAUGAAGAAAGCUCAAGAGAAACUUGGGGCACUGUUGGGUAGGAACCCUGGUUUGUCAAAGGAUUUCAACGAGUGUGUUGACUUCAGCUUCACACCCGAAGAAUUUGAGGCAAAAUGGGCUGCUCUAAUGGCGAAAUAUCAGGCUGCUAUUGGUACACACUUUGACAAACUCUAUGAGUACCGGACAACAUGGGUGCCGUGCUACUUCAAGCACAGAUUCUUCCCUUUCCUGCAGUCAACACAGCGAAGCGAGGGCUUCAAUGCUGUCCUCAAGCGGUAUGUGUGUUGGGCAACGUAG